GAAAUGGCCACGCAAGCGCCUGGACUGGAAUCACAACAUUGAAUUUAAGUCAUUUUUACUCGUGAUGUUGCUAAACUUAAAAUGUUUUUAAUUUCGCUGGUUUGUUGACAGUUAAAUGUAGAAUAUUUACGARUUGAAAUUAAAAGAAAAGUAAUAUUUUGGGGGCGUUAGUUCAGCUGUAGAAAUAUGGGGAUGGUUGCAGUGAAAGCUGACCUGCAGCAGCUAGCGUGGGCUAGUUAGCAAAUGGCUGCUCGGCUGUGUGAUGGCUGUCACUGAGCGAAAUGACGAGUACGAUUGCAGUGCAGCUGUUGCUCUCACAUGUGAUUCAGACUCUCUGCUGAGGCAGAAACGUGUUUGUAGUCGAGAUGUUUCAUCUGGAGGAGUUGGCCAACGUUGCCCUCAGGGUGCCCAGCAUUCUUGUGCUGGACCUGCUGUAUAAAUGUGACAUAGAAGGAUUGACAGAGAACCUGAAGGCUAAAAAUGAGGACAUGCUCUUCAAAUACAAGUAUGUCGUCUGGAACAUGUACUAUCUUGCUCACCUGAUAAACGGGGUGGUAUUAAUUCUGCCGUUGAGGCACAUUGUGACGCUCUACCUUCACAUCCUCGUUGCCCUUCUUCUGUACAUGGGGCAUCAGAUUUCCAAGGAUUACGUUCAGGAGGAGCUGCAGUACGGUUAUGUUGGGGCGGUGUAUCGCGAUUCUGUGGCCUUCAACAGAUUUGUUUCUGCCAUGACCAGUCAGAUCAUCCUCAGCACGCUGUGUGCCUUCCUGAUGAARACCAGAAAGGUGUGGUUAUUCUCUAUGCACCUGCUCCCUCUGCUGGCCCGACUCGUCGCUGCUCCCCCUGCCACUCUGGUGACGGUCAACACGUUCUCCAUGGGGCUGACUGUAGCCGGGGCGGCCAUGUUCCUCCUCUCCAAUCUCUUUGUGCCAUACCAGCUCGCAAGGGCUGCCUAUUCAGAAYUGCUUCACGUUGAGGUGAUCGAGCUCUACAGACUUUUGGCUGUGGGCAUCUCUCUGUGGAACCAGUWUGCUGUCCCGGUCCUCUUCAGUGUCUUCUGGUUUGUUCUGUUCACCGUGCAGCUGUUCUCUGACGUCAUGUCUGUCAGCGCCGCUUCAACCCAUCAGGGAAUCUUGUUCUUCCUGUUAAUAAGUGUGUCUGAAUGUUGUGCCACACCGUACUCCCUUCUGGGUCUGACCUUUGUGGUGUCCUAUCUGGCUCUGGGACUUCUCAACCUAUGCAAGUUCUGCCUGGGAGGUUACGCAGCAGUUCAGAAUGAGAACGUCAUGCACAGAGGCGUGACAGAGGGCGUCACCCUGCUGCUGCUUGCCCUGCAGACGGGCCUGCUGGACAUGCAGGCUCUGCAGCGCACCUUCCUCCUCAGCAUCAUCCUCUUCAUUGUGCUGACCUCAACCUUGCAGUCGAUGAUAGAAAUAACAGAUCCKGUUAUUCUGGCCCUGGGCGCAUCGCGGAACAGAAGUCUAUGGAAACAUUUCCGUGGCCUCAGCAUGUGUCUGCUUCUGCUGAUUUUCCCAGUUUUUAUGGCUUAUAAAAUCUCCCAGUUUUUCCACAUGGACUUCUGGCUUCUUAUAYUGGUGUCCAGCUGCAUGCUAACCUCGCUCCAGGUUACAGGUACGAUGCUGAUCUAUUCUCUCUUCAUGGUGGAGCUGUUUCGCAGCAAUCCCAUCGAGAGCCUAGAUGAAGUGAUCUACUGGGUGAACGCCAUCAGCAGGGUGCUGGAGUUCUUGGUGGCUCUCUGUGUGGUGGCUUACGGCACUUGGGAGUCGCUGUUUGGGGAGUGGAGCUGGAUGGGCGCCUCUGUCAUCAUCAUCCACUCGUACUUUAAUGUUUGGCUCCGAGCUCAGUCCGGCUGGAAGAGCUUCCUGCUCAGACAGGAAGCAGCUAAGAAGAUCAACUCCCUGCCCAGAGCCACAGMUCAGCAGCUGGACCAACACAAUGACGUCUGCUCUAUCUGCUUCCAGGAAAUGAGCUCAGCUGUCAUUACAUACUGUGGUCAUUUCUUCCACGACAACUGCCUCCGCAAGUGGCUGUACGUGCAGGAAACGUGCCCCAUGUGUCACCAAACGGUCAGACCAGUACCACCGGGUCAGAGUCAGGCUUCAGGCGACRGGACGGACCCAGCAGCUGCAGCUCAGAGAGACGCAAGGCCAGAUCAGGCUGCACCAGACGGACAUCAGAACACGAGCAACGGCACGGCGGCAGAGACGCAGCGUGAUGACGUAACUCCUGACUCCACCUCGCAGCGAGACGAGAGGGAACGCUGUGGGAACGAUGACAGUAACGGUGAACCGGACGACAGUGGCAGAGAGGCCACUCAAAGGAACGGUUUCAGCUCCAGUGGAGACUUUCAGUURGUCAGCCCAGUAUCUUCAGAGGACCUGGCUAGUUCCCACAUUAUACAAACGUCUCUGAACAUGCACGGCCACGGGGAGGUGAACGGAAAUGACUCAGAUGCAGCGUCACUUCCUGCAGCUCUGAGUGAAAACACUGGAGACGUCCAGUCUAACCCAGAACUACUAGGGUUCAAAAAUGUCCCCCCACGUUCUAAUCAUGAUAGGACACCUAAAACCUGUCACCAUGUUUAUCCAUCAGGGGCAAAUGGUACAGACACAGAUCAACAGGCUGUCUCAGCUGCAGGUAACCUUGUUGAUAGCACACCUGCUGGAUCCUUUAAUGGAAACUYCCAACUCUCCACGGACUCUUCAAACGAUCAUCACGUCAUCACUUCAAACUCGGACAUCAGAAGUGUCAGUCACUUUUCCUCAGAACAGAYACCGAUGACUGACUGCCCUGCAUCAGUGCCUUGAUGGGUUUAAAAUGAGUUCUCUCCGAAAUAAGAAACAAAAUUUGCCUUCUGUAUGUGAACAAAUAUAUAAAAAUGACAAUUAUAUAUUUUUUUAAUCUCUUCCCAGGCAUUGUAACGAAUGUGCUUCGCGUCAACAAAAUCGUGUCUGAAUAUUGAACCAGUGUUGGCUCGUAAAAGCAAAAAGUCAGAACGAAUAACGAUCACAAACCAUAAAGAAAUCAUCCUGAAUCGAUAUUUAGGAGUCAGAUUUGUUGUUUAUCAAUUUUUUUGUUUUGCAAUUUUUCUUCAGUGUUAAAAUCCAGUGCUGAGCUUCAACUUCUUUCUUUACUGAAACAUAAAACAGACUGUGUUGUGAUGCAGAUUUAGUCUAAAUGUUGUAGCCUUCAGGUAAGACGACUGGAUGUUUGUGGUUGUGUGACAUUGUUCUGUCUGAAGCAACAUUUUAGCCCCAUUUUUUUCAUUCAAAUAAUUUAAAGUUUAAAAAAGCUUUAAUUUAAAAUCCAGAAGCUUUAAUUUAAUGUUUACAAAUACACAAAUUUUCUACUGUAUAUUGCAGCUGCUGAAGGUUUUUGUGAUGUCACGUGUGUUGUUUAGUAAGUUGAUUAAACCCAUAUUAACAUGUAUACACAUGGUGGGUUUUCAGGGUUUAAAAAUGGCUACCCWUAAAAAAAUAAAAUAAAACAAGCAUGUGAAAAUUWCAACAAGGCUAAAAUGAGAAAUAUUAGGUUUGAAAUGUCAGUGGAAGCACAAAGGAGUUAUGUGAAAUAUAUUUGUUGUGUCCAAGUAAUUGUAGAAAAAUGAACUUUUCUCAAAGAGCUAAGGUAAUUAAAGAUGAUUUGUCUUUUAUUAUGGCAGUAAAUAUUUACAAACAAGAAAAAAUAAAACGGAUCUAAGAUACAAAUAUUUGUGUUUUGUUUCGAGGCUGACAGUUUCCCAUAUUUGGUUUCAAAUAAAAGUAAUGAAUAGAUAAUAUAAAAAUGUUCACUUUUAAAAAGACGUUGGAGAUUAAAUGUUGGUUCGUGAAAUAAAGACCUAACAUUUCUUGAA